UUUUUGCAGAAGGAGCGCGCGCGCGCCUGGGAGUACUUGGGGUCCGGCGGUUGCGGCAGGGAGCGCAUUCAAGCCCGAGCAAGAGGGGUCCUGCGCCGCCGCCGCCGCCGCCGCCGCCGCCGCCGCCGCCUGCCUCAGCCAGAAAUCUCACUGCUGCUGCCACCGCCACCGCCACCGCCUCCGCCACUGCCACCGAUACCGCAGCGGGUAGCAGCCACCUAAGCCGCCGCAGCCGUUGUGUGCAGCUGGAGGGGGAAGGGGUGGGGGGGAGGGGGGAAGAAGAAAAAGGGGGUACGGAGGACUUUGCAACUUGCCAGGGGAGGUGGGGGGGUGGGUGGGAGGGAGGGGGAGGGGGCUUGCCGCACAAGAGAAAGUUGCUUUGGGUUUUAACGCAACUCACAACGCCCGACCAUGGUGCAGCAGGCAGAUAGCCUGGAAAGUGAGGUCAACCUGCCCCGGGAGGCGAUGGACACAGAGGAGGGUGAAUUCAUGGCUUGCAGCCCAGUGGCCCUGGAUGAAAGCGACCCAGACUGGUGCAAAACGGCAUCGGGCCAUAUUAAGAGGCCGAUGAACGCUUUCAUGGUGUGGUCUAAGAUCGAGAGGAGAAAAAUAAUGGAGCAGUCUCCAGACAUGCACAACGCGGAGAUUUCCAAGAGGCUGGGGAAGCGGUGGAAAAUGCUGAAAGACAGCGAGAAGAUCCCCUUUAUUCGGGAAGCGGAGAGGCUGCGGCUCAAGCACAUGGCCGAUUACCCUGACUACAAGUACAGGCCCAGGAAAAAGCCCAAAAUGGACCCUUCGUCCAAACCUAACGCUAGCCAAAGCCCCGAGAAAAGUGCCAAUGGGGGCAACGGUGGCGGGGGAAGCGGCAGUGGGGGUGGCGGCGGCGGCAACAGCAAGAACUCCAAGAGCUCCAGCAAGAAAUGUAGCAAACUGAAGACCUCUUCAUCCUCCUCUUCGACCUCGUCCUCGUCCACAUCCUGCUCCAAGCCGGUAGCCGGUAAAGCAGCUCAUCAUGGGGACUACACAGGCGAGGACUUGGUGUUUGGCACCCUUAAAGUGAACGGCUCCAGUGGCGGUGGCGGCUGCAGCAAGACAGUCAAAUGCGUCUUCAUGGACGAUGAAGAGGAGGAUGAGGAGGAUGAGGACGACCUUCAGCUGCGGAUCAAACAGGAGCCAGAGGAAGAAGACGAGGAGCAUCCAGGGCGGCAGCAGCAGCAGCAGCAGCAAGCCCAGCAGCUGCUCAGGCGCUACAGUGUCGCCAAAGUGCCCGCCAGCCCCACGCUGAGCAGCUCUGCGGAAUCCACCGAGGGGGCCAGCUUGUACGAGGAGGUGCGGGCCGGCGCGACCUCGGCCGGGGGCCACGGCGGGGGCGGUAGCGCCAGCCGCCUCUACUACAGCUUCAAAAACAUCACUAAGCAAAGCGCCCAGCAGCUGCAGCAGCCCAGUCUGUCCCCAGCUUCCUCGCGCUCUGUCUCCACCUCCUCCUCCUCCAGUUCCAGUUCUAGCAGCAGUGAGGAGGCUGACGACCUGAUGUUCGAUCUGAGCUUGAAUUUCUCCCAAAAUCCCCACUCGGCCACCGAGCAGCAGCUGGGGGGCGGCUCAGCGGCGGGGAAUCUAUCCCUGUCCCUGGUGGAUAAAGAUUUGGAUUCAUUCAGCGAGGGCAGCCUGGGUUCCCACUUUGAGUUCCCUGACUACUGUACCCCGGAGCUGAGUGAGAUGAUCGCAGGGGACUGGCUGGAGGCGAACUUUUCCGAUUUGGUGUUCACCUAUUGAAAAGGGGGGAGGGGGCACUUCUGUCUCUCCCUCGACCAGUAGUGCGGAGCAGGGUUCUCGAGGAAAUCGUGAUGAUGAUGAUGAUAAUGAUGAUGAUGAUGAUGAUAAUGAUGGGGAAAGAGAAGAUGCUCAUGAUGUUGAUGUGAUGACGCAAAGAAAUUGGAAAAGAUGAUAAAAAAUUGGUGGAGUUUAAGAGAAAUGAGUAGUUUUUUGGUUAUUUUUUCCUGUCUUUUUAUUUUAAUUUUUAAAUUCUUUUCCCCUCCCCUCUUAUCAUGUCUCAAGGUAGUUCUAAACCUAGCCUGGAGUUGUGAUUUCCUCCCCCAUGUGUAUUUUUUUUUUAUAAUUAUUUUUUUCCCUGAAUUUGGUGAUCGCAACAAAGGCGUAAGGGACUGGGGGCGGGAGUAGGGGGAGGGGGAAACUCUCCGGAAGGCGCUGUUUGAAGCUUGUCGGUCUUUGAUUGAAGUCUGGAAGAUGGUCUGCAAAGAAGCCUUUUGGCCGCGCAACUGUUACUCAAGGGGGUUUGUGGUUGUUUUUUUUUUCUUUCCUGAGAGAUCGUAAAGAACUGUUGAUUAAAAAAAAAAACAAAAACAAAAAAAUACAAAAAAGGGACCAUUGCAACUUUUUAUUAUUAUUAUUAUUUUUUUGGAGGGAGAAAACUGAUGUCUUCUAUGCAUCCGAUUCUUAACAAAACUGCAGGGAGCUUGAAAAAAUACAGACUGUACAAACGCUUACAAAAAAAAAAAAACUGUGAACUGACUUAAGAUCAGAGUUUACUUUUCAGAUCAAAUUGUUUAUGGUUUUACAAAUGUGAUUUCUACUUGCCAACCUUUUUUUUGUAACUUGUUCCCUUAUACCUCCUUGAUUGAAUACCAGACAGCCUAGACCUCAGUACAAAAGGUAUUGAAACAUUUUUGAUACAUAACAGACCUCAGUCUUUUUUAAAAAUUAAUAUAUUUUCAGGCGUAUUUUUGUACAGUGAAAAGGGAACAUUCUUGCUGUGUUUUUUCAGUAAGACUUUCAGGCACUUCUUCCCUUUUGAUUUCUUUUUUUUCCUCUGUUUUUAGCAUGCAAGUAUGUUGGUACGUUAUGUCCUGGUUUUAAAAGGAUUAAAAUUUUUAAAUAAUCCUUGCAUCUAAAGGCCUUGUGGUUUUAAAAAAAAACUUUUUUGUACAGCUAUAGUUCAGAUUUGUUCAAUAUUUGUAGGUAAAGAUUUAUUGAAAAUGGUGAUAUAGACCUCAGAGCUGUUACCUUAGUUUAAAGAUUGUAUAUGUACUGUAUUAUAGUAGGUCUUUAUGUAUCUCAUACGCUGUGAUAUGUGGAUGGGGCCCCAGAUGGAAGGUAUGAAACUGGAUUCUCGAUUUUUAGCAAAAAAAAAAGGCACAUAGUAAAAGAAAGUUUCUCAUUUUGUGCAAUAUAAUCUAAAUAAAGUACAGACCAUCUGCACAUUUUGUAGCAAAAGAUGGCAAAGCAGACUCAUGCACUGUCAACAUCCUUGCCUGUUUUUUUUAUGCUGAAAGUCUGUAUCUUGACAAUUUUAAUAAAUCAGCUGGAACUGAUAGAAACUCGUAUCGCCAAUAGUCUCUAUGAAAGUGAAGCUGGAGUGUCACGUAUUGUCCGCCCCUAACUCGCAAAGAGAAGAAAGAUAUUUUAGAGAGAGGUGGCUCUGUGCUUGUAGAAAACCCUGGGGAGGGAGAAGAAAGGGGAGGGUGCGGCGAGGGCUAUACAUUUUUGAUGACGGUACAGACUUUUAAAGUGCUAAAUUGAUGAGAGAGAAUAAUAUCCGGGUUUCUUUAUCCUCUUCCUUUGGCUACUUAUUAGAAAAUGACCUAGUAGUAUUCUUUAUCUCCCUCUCCCCGCCUCCCUUUUCUCACCUCUUUCCUAUUCUCCUUUUUCUCCCCGCUCUCCCGCCUUCUACCCUCUUCUCCCUCCUCCCCAGACCCAUCCAACCCAAGUGCACCCGAGGCUCUGAAAAAUGGCGGGGGGAGGGGCGGAUUUUGAGCGGACUCGAUUUGUGCACGUUCUUGUGAUCUUAUCUGCGCAUUAGGUUGUAUGUAUUUUUCUUCGGGGCCGGAGGGAGUGAGGGGUGCGUUCCACGACUUCCCUAGGGCUGUUAAAUGAGGGGUGGGGGGUGGGGUUGACUGAGGGGAUUUAGUCUGGGCGCGCAGCAAAUUACCUGCCCUCCGCUCGCGCUGCCUCCCGCAGGUUUGCCCGCCAGGGUGGGGCGCUCGGUUUGCAGUUUAUUUUUUUCCCCUGCAAAGGGACGUGGAUGCUGGCGGGAUCCGCUUAUUGCAGUUCUUUGCUUUUCGGGUGAUGGUGGGGAGGGAAGGGGAGGCUUUUUCUAGGUGUCGGAUUGUUUUAUCGUCUCCUAGGGGCCAGGGUUAGUAAGGAGUCUGGGAAUGGAGCUGGGGCGGGGGUGGGGGGAGGUGGGGUGCAGUGGGGAGGCAGACUGAUCCCAGGCUCGGCCCCUAAAAUGGAGGGGAGGUGGAAUGUGCCCAGGCGCUCUUGGGAGAUGGAGGGGGUGUGGCGGUGGCCCGUAAGGGGCGCGCAUCCUGGGGUCUUAGAGCGUUCGCUGGAGCCUGGGUUAGGCUGGGCACUGUUGAGUGAAGCAGAGGAGGAAAGAGCAAUUAGGAAAGGACGAUGAAUGCGAAAAGCAUGGGAAUCCUAAAGAAGAGAACGGCCGCCGUUUAUUUAGAACCAGCCACCAAAAAUCUCUAUACAGCUCUCUCUCUGGGGUUAGAGGGACAGAGUUAGUGUUCUGGAUUUGAAGAUAAGGCUUUUAGGGAAGGAGAGGACAGAUUAGGAAUUUUCGUGGCUAUUGGCCUGGGGAGGGGGAAAGUUGGGGUCAGAGACCAAGUCUCCAGCUCCUCCCUCCUCUUCCCCUCCUUGCUUUGCAUUUUCAAAAAAGGCUGGAGGGAAAAGUCUCCUGAUGUAAGGCUGGGCCGCCUCCUUCCUUCUUUCCUUUGGAGCAUAGUUCUUUCUAGUAAACUUAGAAUGCUGCACGGGGAUGGAUAAGCUGGGCUAACCAUUUGCUCCAAGGGGUGGGGCUGGGGAUGACAAUUUGUGUGUUGGCUUUGAGGUGGAGUAACGGGAGAAGAAAAACAAAUAGGAAAAGGGGAGAUAAACACCCCAGACCUAUGCUGGGGCUGUGGAGGUUCUGGAAGGAGAAAGGAGCUUGCGGGUGGCUCCUAACCCCCAGGAAACCGACCUUCGUGGCUCGGGUGGGUAACGAAGGAGAUUUGCUGAAGGCUUUUCUCUCUUUUAAGUAGGCAGGUUCCUUUAUUUCCUUGAAAACAUGGGGAAACCCUCUCUUCUCUGGAUAUUUGCAUUGGUGUAUCUGGAAAGAAUGGAGGAUGGCAGGAGGAGCUGCAACCUAUCUGGAUGCGAUCCCCCCCCCCCCUUCUUUCUCCUCCCUCCCCCAUCACCUUUGCUCUGUCCUUGCUUUGGUUAAGGGGACCAGCAUGGCCCGCCCAGCUCUCUGCUCUGUUUUCAGCAGCAAACUGCAGCCAAAGGACAGGGGCCGGGAAGGUUAAGCUAUGAUUUUUUUCUUUCUUUCUUAUACCUAGUCUCUGCUUCUGGUGCUGCAGCCUCACUGACCACCUCUUAGCCCUUGUGGGGCAGGGCCUUGAUUGGAAUACUUGGUCCAUCAGGGGCUGCUUGCCUCUCCCGCUUUUUCUCGGUGGCUAGGUUUUCUGGAGGGCUGCAUGAGCAGAGACUAUCUAGGUCUUUGCAUAGCUAAACCUACAAGGGCUGUGCCUCAAGCUCUGAUGAUUUGAAUAAAGGGGAAUUUUGAUCGAGUUUUUGAAACCCACUGCUACAACCUUAAUCGUAAAGAGAGGGGUUUUCUUUUAAAAACAUUUUUAACUGCCUGAAAAAUCAUUCCAAAACAUCCCUUUCAGGUUUCUUGAAACUUGGCUAGACUAAAUAGAGGCGUCCAAAUUUAACCAGGAGCUGUUAUACCAAAGGGGCUCCCCCACUCCAUUCUUCUUUACAGUUAGGCCUGUGUGCUGGCCUCUCGUUCGCGCCCCUCCUCCACCCCACCCUCCAUUCCCCUGGGAGGAGCAGGGAGGAAAAAAAAAAGGACAGAUUCCCUCCAUUCCUCUUUCCCGUAAGAUUUUCCUUCUAUGAGCCGUCAGAGUUCAGUAGUGUACACGGAAGAAGAAAAGGCUGAUAGUGUGAACAAGGUUCUCAAGAUAGAACUGUAUUUCUUAAAAUGUUUACUUUAUUUUAUUUUUAUUAUUAUUAUUAUAAUUUUUUUUUUUUUUUUUUGCCAAAUGAUAGACUAAUGUAGUCAUUGGUCAGUCCACAAGUAAAUGAGCCAGCGGUUUACAAAGACAAUUCACUGUGCUGGUAAUUUUUAGUGGCAGUCCCACUGCUACAAUUUUAAACUCUUGCUGAAAACAGGAAUCCUGCAUCCAAAUUUGUAAAGCAUAUGAAAUGUAAUAUUUUGAACAAAUACCUUGCAUGUAUUUUAGGUUUCAAUCAAAGAUGACUCUAGGCUUUUUCUGUGGUGAAGUAUCUGCUCUAAAUUAGUGAGAUGGUAAAUAAUUUGCUCUCAUCAAAAAGGGGGGGGGCAUACCCAUGGUUUUAAAUAAAAGCUGUUUUAUUCUAAGUUCUUUCUAGUAAACUUAGAAAUACAAUAUUGGAAAUCCAAAUCAUGGUCAGCUAGAGCUCAGGACAGAGCCAUGUGAGCCCUAUUAACUAUUAGAUGAUAUUGUUUUGAUGAUUGCAUUGUGAAAAAUCAUUCUUAAUGAAUUCUUUUCCAAAUGUCUAAAACAAAUACGACUAAUAAGGUAUCCUUAGCACUGGAUAGUUUUCAAUAAAAGUUUCUUGUAUUUUCAUUUUUUUGGUCUCAUACAUUUUAAGUCAUUUUCUCCCCAAGAUUGACAAAGUAGGUUAAAAUCUUAAGGUAUAUCUCUCCUGAUGGGGUGAGUGGGUGGGUGGGGCAUGUAUACUCCAGUGCACUGCAGUCUAGCCAGUGGGUGUCCUGCUGUUUAUAACUAGUUCACAGAUUAUGAUGAUGGCAUUGCUUGACCAGGUUUCCAUCUUUAAAAAACAAAAACAUAAACUGAGCCAGAAUUCUCUUAGUGAUUCUUUAAACUAUUCCUAGAGGAUGUGUGGAAGUAUUACUCCAGUCCUUUCCCUCUGAAUUGCAUCCCCUUUAUUUAAAAAAAAAAAUCAAUCAACAAAUAAAGGCAGUUUACAUAAAGACUGUGCUUUGUAAAUAAUUUGUAACAUGAAUAACUAUGGUCAGAGGGUGAAAUUAUUAUUAGUAUGGUUCUUGUCUAACUAGGAGAAAAAUGACUGUAUUUUGGAGGAGAUGCUCUGUUUAAUGUUAAUCAAGGGGAAGUGAUUUAAAGAUGCAUGCAUGGCAGAGUCAGGUAAAAUUUCAUUGUUUUUCAGUAAAAGGAAAUAAUACUGUCAAAAUAUUGGAGUUUGCCUUUUUCUUGCUUUUGGGAGGAAACGAAAACUAUGUAUGUAUAUAUACAUAUAUACACAUAUGCUGAACAUUUUUAUAUCUGGAACAGAACAAAAAAGUCUGUUGGCUAUUUUCCCUCCACUUUAGAAUUUACUUAUUCUUUUGUCCAUGGAAUCUGAUGGUUGAAACAGAUAAUUUGCUCAAUUUUAAAGUUGUCAUUCAACUUGACUCUAUAGUCAAUCUUAACAUUUUAAUUCACUGGUCAUUGAUAUGAUUAAUGAAAUAUAUGUGUAUAUAUUCUGAAGUUUUGAUUUUGUGUAUAUGUAUUACUAUUAACUAUUUGGAGAGAGCAAUUUAUUUAUUUAAUUUUAUUUUUGCUCUCCCAUUGAUAGUACUUUUAUAACCUGUUUCCACUGGUUCCCUUGAUUUUAAAGGUCUCGGUAUUAAUGCCUCUCCAUGGCAAAUAUGUUGGUUUUUCGUAAAGUAGAAAGGUGGUUGAAAGCAAUUUACUGAGUGAUUCAUCAUUUUAUCUGUAAAGGAGCAGUUUUCUUUCGUAUAGCAUCAGAGAUUUCCAGUAUACUUCUUAGUCACCAGUUUUAGAAAAUAUCUAUUAAGCAUCUGAGUUUCAAAUGUCCCUUGUCCAGCCUGAGCCAAGAAAAAUAAGACUGAGCCUUAUAGGUCCUAACCAGGAAUUUACCAACUGUCUUCAUGGAAAAAAAAAUAUUUCAAUCUUUAGUUCACAGUUGGUUCAUUUUUUUAAAAAAUCUUGAUUAUUCCUCACAAGUCAUUUAGUUUCUUCCACCCACAUUCCCUUCACAUUUGAUGACCUGACAGAUUCUGCUAUUUGAUGUCAACUCAGUUCUUUCCUAGAGUCAGCCCUAGUCUUCAAUCAUCAUAAAGAUCAAAAGGAGAUUCUUUAGAUUGGGCUCUCAUCCAUUUUACUUACUGCAGGCCUUUCCUUUGAAUGCUAGCAUCUUUUUCCUUUUUUCUCCAUUGUAGCCUGAUUUUUUUUAACACUACCUAUAUCAAUUAGCUGCCUAAUUAGUUUUAUCUACUUUAUGUGGAUGCAGUGAGUUUGUAAGAGAAUUUCACAAGCAAGUAGUUUUUUAGUGAACCUAAAGUAAACAGAAUUUUAAAGGAGACCUAUUUUUAUAUUCAAUAGAAGCACAAAGGUGCAGAAAAUGUAAAAUGACUUACAAAAGGGAAACAAAAGUUCAUAAUAUUCCAUGUAUAAAAGUAAUAAUUAUAUUGGGUAGAGAUACUCUGAAAAGAUCCAAUACCUCUGCCAGUGCAAAGAGAAGAAUAUUUUAAAAUGUUCUUAGACAGUUUUGAUUGACUGCAAUUGCAAAUGAAUGGCUUCUCUAUAAAGCAAGGCAAACCACUAAAGCAAUACGAUCAGGUUGGGAUGAGUGGUUUUCAAUGAGAAAAAAAAAGGAUCAAUUUUAUCAAACCUGGAAGUGCAAAGGUGGAGGCUCCAAUCAUAUUGUUUGAUCAAAUUUCUUUUUCAUACUCACUUAAACCUGGAUUUUCCAUGCUGUGAAGACUGACAGAAUAAAGCAAUAUGACAAAAACUGCUAGAGUGUUUGGAGAGGGAAAUAUAUAUACAUAUAUAUACAUUUAUAUAUGUAUAUAUAUAAAAUUAUUAUCCAGGAUCUUUAAGUGAUUUCUCAUUUGAUUAUUCCAUUAUUCCAACAUGCACAAUAAAAACAUCAAAAGACAAAAGAAUAAUAUACCACAGGAAGAAAUCUGAUCAAAUAAAUAUUGACAUAGGACCCUCUGUCACAACUUAUUUUGUUUUGUUUUGUUUUGUUUUUCAUUAAGCUUAUGUCCAAAAACACCCUUCCUCAUCCCUUGCUUCACACAGGGAGAAAAAAAUACAUGCCAUUAUUAAUUAGUUUGUGAUUCUAUCUACGUUUACUCUUGUACAUAUAUUGUGGAUUUGGAGUCUCUACAUUAGAUCUGUGACACUUUUUUUUAAUAGGCUGUUUUAAAACUGAGGCCUCUUUUUUCCUAUGUGGGACUCCUAGUGGUUACAGCAUUCUGAAAUGCUGUGUGAUGACUGGGCAGGAGCACCUGAUGUUUUAAAGCAGUUUUUCAGCAUGACACUUUAAAAAAAAAUGUAAUUUCCAAGGCCACGUGAAAUUUACUUUCAUAGCCACUCCAGGUCUGGGAGCGGAAAAGCUGAAAAAUACUUUUGUUUAGAAGUCUGAGUGGUUUGUGGGGGGGGAACCUUUUUAGGUUUUGCAUGCCAGUGCAUGGCCUAUUGCUGUGAAACAGAGAGAAGGUAAAGCUGCCUAAGGCAAUGCACUGGAGGAUGAAAUGUUUAAUAGCACUAGGGAAAAAAAAAAGAUAAUGCAUGGCAAAGUUUUGUCUUCUAGUAGACUAUAUAGCAUGCAGAGUUUAGUGUGUGUUAAAACAGUGUAUGACAUUGCUGUAUCAAAGUUGUAAAAUUAAGCAUUAUUUAUUGAAAACUAUGUAUUUUUUUGUAAAAAUCUGAUCACAUAGAGAAUAUCACAGUGGCUUGUGCUAGUGCUCCAAUCUUUAACCAGCUUCUUUCCUACCGUACUUGGUAUGCAGUGUUAAUGCUCAGGGUUGAAAAUCGUACACUCCAAUGUCUCUUUGGCAAGAAUUUUUAAACAGAGGAAUACAUUUGUUCAAAAGACUCUAAUAAAAUUGUGUGAUCAAUCUGCA